GUGUCCUGUCAUAUCCAAUUACAUAACAGGAUUAACAUGGCUAUGGCUGCCAAAGUUAAGAUCAUACAAAGAGAAACUAUCAAACCAUCUUCUCCUACUCCUCCUGAACUCAAAAUUCAUAAGCUCUCCCUUCUUGACCAGCUCAUUCCGACCAAUUACAUACCAGUAGUUCUCUUUUACCCUGCAAAUGAUGGUGAUAACUUAGAUCACCAUGCCAAUUCCACUGAAAGAUCUCUGAAGCUAAAGACAUCAUUAUCUGAAACCUUAACUCACUAUUACCCAUUUGCGGGCAGAAUCAAAGACAGUACCUCUGUAGAGUGUGAUGAUCAGGGAGCUGAUUUUAUCCAAGCUCGAAUUAAUUGUCUUCUUUCAGAUGUUCUCAAGAGUCCUGACGCAGUUGUCCUCAGGCAAUUCUUGCCUGCAGCUAUAACAUCUACUGAAGCAGCAACAGGAAAUUUAUUACUCGUCCAAGCUACUUUCUUUCAUUGUGGUGGCUUGGCAGUUGGCGUUUGUAUCUCGCACAAGAUUUCCGAUGCAACCACAUUAAAGGCGUUUAUCAAGUGCUGGGUCGCAACCGCUACAAGCUCAAGUACUGAGUCGGCGACUCCUCUAUUCAUGGGUGCAUCUAUUUUCCCACCUGUAGACAUCUCGAUUCCAACUUCCGUAGUUGAGCUGAUGAAAAAACAAUGCAUUACAAAGAGAUUUGUGUUCACUGGCUCAAAGAUUGCUGCUCUGAAGGCUAAAGUCGCCAGCACAACCAUGCGGAACCCGACAAGGGUAGAGACUGUUUCAGGACUUUUAUGGAAAACUGCAAUGGCUGCAACAAGAUCAAAAUUGGGGUACUCUAGACCAUCUGUUUGGUCUAUGCCUGUGAACAUGCGUACAAGGUUCCUGCCGCCCCUACCUGAAAGCUACGCGGGUAAUUGCCUGUUGCACAUCAAUCCGAAGAUAGCGGACGAGUCAGAAUUGAAAGAGCUAGUGGGUAGAAUCAGGAAAGAAAUAGAAGGAUUUCGUGAAAAUUAUGUGAAGAAACUCCGAGGAGAAAGAGCAGUACUAGCAACUUUUGGGUUCUUUCAGGAGUAUGGAAACCUGGCCAUGAAUAAUGAUAUAGACCUUUAUACAUGCACCAGUUGGUGCAAACUAGAGCUGUACGAUGCUGAUUUUGGAUGGGGAGGGCCAUUAUGGGUUGGUAUUGAUAGUAUACCAUUGAGUAAUGUUGUUUGUUUGAUGGAUACAAGAGAUGGUGAUGGAAUUGAAGCAUGGUUAACUUUGGGUGAAGAAAACAUGGCCCUGUUUGAAUCUAAUCAAGAGCUUCUUCAAUUUGCUGCUGUCAAUCCUAGUGUUCCCUUUUGCAAUGUCUAGUUUCUAAGGAAAGCCAACCUCCAGUUUAAUUCUCAAUUUGUUUUUCAUAUUAA